UACACUGUGUUCAGUGUGUUGUGUGUACCGCUCCUGCUGUGCUGUGAGCUGCUGCUGUCAGUGUGAGUCAGGCAGAGUAGGAGUAAAGUUGGUAUAGUCUCUAGCCACGUCGAGUUCACAGUGUGAGGAUGCGUUACAGCUGAUUCGAUUUCUGUACAGUGACGUCAUCUUAAUAAGACUAAAUCCGGGACAUCAUGACGGGAUUAGUGGGGCCUUUGGCCCCGGUGCUACUCGCCCUCCUGGCGGCAACGUCCUUCUGCGCUGCGGAAGUCUGUCACCUCACCGAUCCUAUUCAGAGGCAGGAGUGUUCUUCGGUGUACAUGAUGCACGGCGCAGCGUCCCAGAUCCGCACCAGCGUCUUACGACAGCUGUGCGAAGCGGGCCAUCGUCACGUAUUACUAAAGGGCGCCUCCCCCUCCCAGCACCAGACUCUUCCUCUGACGUCUCCACGGAGAGCAGAGCAAUUUGGUGUAAUUUACAUUCACCGUGAUGACUUCAGUGAUAAGGUGAGCUGGAAGUCUGGAGAUGCGCCAGAUAUCAUGUGUAAUGAUAACUGGUUUAUUGAUGAAGAAGUGAAAUUGACCAAUGGCUAUCAUUGGUACACCCACGGUUUGCCCAUCUGGCCCAUGGUCAACCAGACGGUAGUCCCAAAGAAACAAGGACUCUUAUCCCGCAAGAAAAAGAUUGACUGGCCUAACUACGCCAUUGGUACGCCUUUCUACUUGGUCCCUUUUGAAAUCUACAACAGCCGAGAUCCCAAUGUGGCCAUCCAGAAGAGGUUCUCGAAUGAUUUUGCUGCGACAGCUUUAGCUCACGAGCAGAAUGUACUCGUCAAUCAAGCUGGCUUCCAGGGCAAAGUCACUGACCUGUACCGCACGCUUUUCUUGGAUCAGGCCGGUUACGCCCGCAAAGAUAUCAAUGCAGACUUCGAGUCUUACGCCAACUGGCUUCAGCCACUCGUUCAAGCCACCCUGCAACCGAUGCUGGAGUUUUUCCUACAGUCACAGACGCCCAAGAAGGGGCAAUCAGUCAUAUGUCCCGACGAGCUCUACGUCUACUUCCACAAAAUCCCUUGCACUGCCUCCUCGACGUGUCUGGUGUUGAACGAAUUCCAGCUGAUCCUCAAGUUAGCUAGCUGCCCCGACACCAGCGUGGUCGUUGGGUAUGGAACCCAAAGCGAAAUCGUAGAGGAAAUUAUACCGACGAAAACCCUCAGAAAGUCUGAAAGUGCUCCCAGUCCACAGGUCGACACAGGUACGGGGACUGGGUUACAGUUUCACGGUUCAGCUCCUUCUAACAAGAGCGGUUUCCAAAUUGUAGGAAUCAUGUUGGCAUUACUGACUUGUUUGCAGGUGUUGGUCUGAGAAAAAUGCACAAUUCACAUCAAUCCAAUUUUAGCCAGCAACUCGGGAAGACUGAGUAACCAAUUAUAUACCAACAGUGAGCAGAUGUAAAUAUGAUAAUGUGGCAUUCGAGACUUUCUCAUUGUAUGCUAUUUAAUUUGGUAGCUCUACAACAGAAAAAGGGUAAAUUGGUUAUUCAUUAGCCUUAGAUAUAGGCGUCACUAAAGCCUCAGUAGGAACUGCUAACUUGGAAAUAUAUUUUCAAAAAUACUUCAAAUCUAGAUCACCUGCCAUCAGCAAUAGUUUGCUAGUUGUGGACUCAGAGUACUUCAUAACCCAUCAGUCGGUAUCGCUUAAACCGAAGGAAUUGCCUAAAAAUUAAAUCCUACAAAAGGCAUCAUAAUAUUCAAAUAAAUCUGGCUGAGGUUCAGCAACUUCGAUCUGUAUUUAUUACGCGUCAGACCUAUAUUUGUCAUUUGUGCGUAAGCUUUGAAUUCAUUCAUUAAUUUAUUCGCUGCUUUUUCGUUCACGAACGCUACUUACAAAAGUACGCCUUCGUAUUUCAAUUAUUUAUGCAAAAGGUAAAAGCAUGGUUGUAUAUGAACUUUCCGAAGUCCGUUUAUAGUAGACGAAAUGCAUUGUUGACUUGUUUCGUAAAAUACCAAGCUCGGACGGGGCUCAAACGAUCAUUUCAAACAGCCUUACCAGAAACUGCUUAUGCUUCUGUAUGUAAACGAAACUACAAAAAAAGCAAAGAAUCUAAGAAACACUCCCCUGUCUAAGAGCUGGACCUUAUCAAAUCAAAAUACAUAUUUUUUCCUAUCAUUAAUCUCACAAAGCCCGUUUAUAUUCUCUUCAUUAUUAAAACCAGAACAUCGUUUACGCAAGGAUCUGCUUCGGUUUUGAUGCUUCAUGGCUAUCAAGGAAGUGUCACAGGUAUUCUGUAAAUCUGCAGGGCUAAUUUCGCAGUGGCAUUGCCAAUGAAGGCAAAACAGAUUCGGCAAUCUUCGUAUCCGUUGUGCAAUUCGAUCAGUGUGGUUGUGUCGAGCAUUAGUCUAUUUUAUCUUGUAAUAAUUAUUUUACUUCUUCCCCUCGUUUCACUUUCUUUCACCUGAAAUACCGAAUUUUCCUAUCGCCCAGAAACGUUACUAUGUUCGAUUCUAAAACAGCGCCAUCUACAAAAUUAGAACAAACUCAUCUCCGGUAAAAAAAAAUAAUAAUAAAUAAUAACUAUAUCAAAAACACGUCUAAUAUGUUUUACACAUAUAUAUUCGUUUUUACUCAAAACCCAUAAGCAAUUUCUGGGAAUGACCCGUAAUUCUAAUUUCCUAAACUUGCAAUAAGCUGGUUGUGCUACAUUUGAUUUUGGCUAAAGAUUUCCUAUUUUCAUUUAAUGAUCAUAAUAGGCUACUUCAUAAAAUUAAAGUUUCACGAUUAUCUUUGCGAGCCUCUCUCUCUCUCUCUCUCUCUCUCUCUCUCUCUCUCUCUCUCUCUCUCUCUCUCUCUCUCUCUCUCUCUCUCUCUCUCUCUCGCAACAUUUUCUUGUCACUAAUCCAAGCCUUCUAAAUUUAGACGGAAUGUCACUGUCUUAAGUUCAUUGUGCAACAACUUCCUUGGCAUAAUUAUGAUACCUUUGAUCUCCUCUUUUGUAACUAAUUGCAAGUAUCUCUGUAGACCUUGAUGAAUUGUAUUUAUAAUUGCUACGAAAGUAUAUAAUCUACCAGACGGGUAUUGAAUAUGUUCUCCAAUUAUUUUCCGACAAACAUUUGAUUUGAAUUAUAUAACCAUAUGCACUAUUGUAGGUAAUAUUCAAUAAAAUGUUUUCGUCACG